AUGUCGGCGAACAAUGCCGGCUUCGCUGGUCAGAGCCACGAUAGAAUACGGAAAGCUGAAGAUGCCUUUGCCGGCGCGACUAUGGUCUCUUCGUCCCAGGACCACGCGAAUACCGAUGGCAUGGACAUCACAGCCGGCCAGAAGAUGGCCUCCGCAAUCACCGGCAGCCUGUUAACCUCACUUCUCGUCACUCCCCUCGACGUCGUACGCGUUCGACUACAAUCCCAAGGUUCGUCGCCGCAGCCCACCGCCAACACGGGCUUUCAGAAAUUAGUCGUCUCGCCGCACCAAGGCUUUCGGCCAUCCAAUCUCGGCAUUACCUCGUGCUGCCGAGAAGUAUUCUUCAUGAACAAUAACGCUGAAGUUUGCAUCGUCGGCCCGAGGCUAGAGGGGCUUGGGGGCGCCGGGGUCGGGGCUGGAGCCGAGUGUGCCGUCGAGGAGGCCCAAAAACGUACAUUCACAUCGACUUUUGACGGCAUGCGCAAAAUCGCCCGCAACGAGGGAUUCACCACGUUGUGGAGGGGAUUAUCGCCGACACUCCUCAUGGCUAUCCCUGCCAACAUUAUCUACUUUACGGGCUACGAUUGGUUACGAUACAAGAAGAAAAGCCCUAUAAGUCGGCUGGCCAGGGAUGAUGUUAAAGCCGUGACGGCGGGGUCUACGGCACGUAUCCUGGCCGUGGCUGCUGUCAGCCCUAUUGAGCUCUUCAAGACCCGUCUGCAGGCUUCUUCUGGUUCUACGGCAACAAGCCACCUCAAGGACACGCUUAAGGGGCUCCGGGAGAUGGUUGCCGAGAAUGGCUAUCGGUCUCUAUGGCGGGGCAUCACCCUUCAUCUAUGGCGCGACGUGCCAUUUUCGGGACUUUACUGGCUGGGAUAUGAGACGAUCCGGAACAGGCUGACGGACAUGCGCGAAGACCAUCGCGGCCGCUCACUAUCGCGCGACCCCAGUUCGCGCUCGAGAGAGAGGGCCAGGUCACAGAGUCGGGAAAACCAUACGGCCGUCUUGAUAGACAGUUUUACGGCAGGGGCUUCAUCGGGUGCUAUUGCGUCCAUGGUCACCAUGCCUUUCGAUGUCGGUAAGACUAGGACACAGGUGUACCAAGACUCUGCCAAGAAGACGACGGCGUCGGCCGGACAGGCCUUGGCGCCCGAAGAGAGCAACAUGGUACGGCUGUUGUGGCACAUCGCCAGGACCGAGGGUGUGGCCGGACUCUGGAAAGGGUGGAUUCCUCGGACCCUCAAGGUCGCCCCAGCAUGUGCGAUUAUGAUCAGCAGCUACGAGGUGGGCAAGAGAGUGUUCCGGAGCGUCAACGAACGGCAUGCCAUGGCGGAGCAGGUGGACCGUCGGAUUGACGAUUCUUGA